AUGGCAACAGAUGAAUAUUCAUUGUCAAGCAUAUUACAUAAGUUACAAGAUCCUAUACCUCAAUAUGUCUUAGGUUGCUUUCCAGCUAUAGCAACAAUAGGGGCAUCCCCUAACGAUUAUUUAUUACAAAAACUACUGUGGAUGGCACGAUGUCUUGCUUGUCCCUUUUUGGGGUUGUUUUACACCUGCAACAUAGCGAACGACGAAAAGGCAUUAUACUGGCUCCCAAAAAUUUGUUUUAUUGGAGAAGAUGGAAGCGAAAUCCCUUACAGACCUUUCGGACAUCGUGCUAUGUCGAUAGAUUCCAGUGCUGUGUCAGAAAAAUUGGAAGCUUGCAUAGCAAAUUCAUCCGUGCUGGAAAGACUAUCGUCGUUGUUGUCAGUAUUUUUCAUACUACUCGGUGCGUUUGCAGGAAUAUCAAUGGUGGUAAGGUGGGAUCUUUGUGAGGAUUGGCCAUAUAUACCAGUAGCAUUAUCCUGGACAUUGCCUGCGAUCGCCGUAAGAAUAUCUAAUGGGAGAAUGUUAGUAAAGGAUCCUAAGAAAAAGAUAGGAGACGAAAAAAUAAAGGUGAAACAAUUCGAUAACGACAAAGCUAAAAAACACAAAAGUAAACGCGUUGUGAUCACUGCUUUCGCAUCAAUAGUAUUUCCUUGGAUAUCAGUAAUUAUGGCCUACUUCUCACCUCCAAUAGGAUUUUUUUGUCGGAGCAAAUAUCUCACAAUCUUUUGUACCAUAUGGUCAUUCAACAAUAUUAUUGCAUACAUACACCACUGGGUAGAAGAAAAGAAUAAAAUUGUUGAUCGUAUAAUUCGCAUUUGGUUUUCCGUUUCUGGUAUUGUGGUAGGAAUUCUCUUACUUGUCCUAGCUGUGCUAAGCGAUGAUAGAUCAUGGUGGGCAACCAUGUCAUCGUUAUAUUAUCUAAAGCCGUUUUCUGUAAAAAUGCUUAAGUCACGAUAG